AUUAGUCAGUAAAACACAAAGUCACGUUUGGUCUUCUUACGCCCAUUUGCAGAGCAACCGGAUGCAGUUGUUUUGAAAUUACCAGCUCGCUGCUUUCACUCACACACAGACAAACUCACUCGGUUCUCGUCUCGCGUCUCGUCGAGCCUGUGUCCCUACUUACAACAGCAUUUGUUUUGUGAAAAUGGCUGUUAAUAAAACAUAUAUUGGUAUCGGCUAUGCAGCGUUUGGUAUGCUCAUGGGGUUUUCUGCUUUCUUGGUGUGGAACAUCGCGUUCAAACAGCCGUGGACUGCAGCCAUGGGAGGACUGGCAGGUGUGCUGGCACUUUGGACCCUGAUCACUCACGUCAUGUACCUGCAGGACUACUGGAGGACCUGGCUAAAGGGCCUCAAGUUCUUUUUCUUCAUCGGGGUCUUCUUUUCUCUGUUAGCAGUCGUGGCCUUCAUCACUUUCCUAUCAAUUGCCAUCAACAACAAGGAGUCCCUGACUGACCCUCGAAGUCUCUACCUGUCCUGUGUGUGGAGCUUCAUGAGCCUGAAAUGGUCCUUCCUGCUUGUCUUGGCUGCUCACCGCUACCGCAAAGAGUUUGCUGAUAUCAGCAUCCUCAGUGACUUCUAAGGGUAUUUAAAAACAUCUCGCAGUGACCACACAGACUUUGGAGUACACUUGCUGUACUGGCUUCCCAGCCUGAGAGUCCAAAGGUGAUGAAGGACAUUUAAAGAGAAAUCAGAGAAGAAGUUGAAAUACUUUGUGUUGUGGAUGAGGACCCUAAUUCUGGUUACUCCUUUGACUUCUUGGCCCAAACCACCUCCUUCUUUAAUAUGUGUGCAGGAUUUGUUACUGACUUUGCCACUUUACAGACAAAUCAAGCCCUAUUUUAUAUGAUCCUAUGAUAAAUUUUCCAUUUUCAUUUCCUCAGCACCCUCCUUAGUCAUGCAUAUUCGCUAUUGACUAAAUCUAAAAUAU